UCGAGGGAGUAGCAUUAGGUUAAAUGUCUACUGUUUAAAUAUUUAAGUAUGGUUGAAUAUUAUUCUAAAGAUUUAAAAAUGGUACCCAAUUUGAUUUUUUCUUAAUCUUUUAGUAUAGCCCAAAUCUUUGUUUGCUUAUUCUAGAUGGAUUGCAGCGUGUAAUUGAAAAAAUGGUGAACGAUGAUGAUCCAAAUGAAGAUAACGAGUGUUUCGGUACCAAAAUUAAUUUUAUGAUCGCUUUACCGGACCACCCAGAAAUUGUCAACGAAAUACCGGAAGAUUUAGACCUUGACGAAUUGAGAAAAUCCAUGCAUUACCAGUUUAUGAUGCGAGUAGAAAUAAAACACACAUUAAGAAAUGAUUAUCCUGAAGUUGAUAAAGACAAAGAUUUAGGAGACAUACCUUUAACCCGUCUUGCAGAACUAAGAAGAUGUGAUAUUCUUUCAUCUUUAAAAAAUUUAAUCGAACGUUUAUCUGGUAAAUAUUGAUAUGCAGUCGUAUAUAUACUAAGGCCACUGAGAGAACGCUACUGGGCGGCGACCAAAACUAGUCCAUUCCGCCGCUGCCGAUGUCACGGUCAGUGGUUGUUUGUAUACAGCGUGAACUGUAGUGUUUACUUUAUUUUACGUUUUGGCAUACAUACACCAAUUUUUUGUUUUUUGCGAGUCUUAGCUCACCAUUGUUUUUAGUGUUUUACUAUUUUAGUACUUAGACUACUAGGACAACAUGGACCACGUCGAGAUUUCUCUUUCAAAAAAAAAAAAAAUCCUCGUGGAAAAGUAAGUAUUUGUAGGACUAUUUUUCCAUU